AUGAAUCUCCAAUCACUCUUGGAAAUCGAUCAAGUAACCUUAUCCGCUCAACGCAAGCAAUUCCUAGAGUUUCAUUUGGAGACCUCCAACCCAGAAGAAAGAUUUUAUUCCUUUUAUAAUCGUGUUGGAUUAAAAGCUCUCCAGGCACAUCUCGAUGCCCUCAACGAUUUAGAAAAAAAAACCCUUUGA